UGAACUGGUCUUGCUGGAAGAUUUACGCAUCAGAAAUGAAAUUCGUCUAUGCUGUGUGCAUCUGGAUUUGUCUGUCAGAUGAUCUCUCUGCUGACCCCUGCGACAACUACACUAAGCUGGACAAUGCUUGGAGAGCCACCAACUAUAAUUCCUCCACUUCCAAAUGUGACCAGAAUGUCAGUUGGGUCGGCUGGUAUCGGCUUUACCUUCAUGGCCAAAAUGCUCAAAUGUCAGAAUCAUGUGUUGUUAGGUUGAGAUGUGGUACUAGCAUCCCACUGUGGCUAAGAGGUAGACACCCAAAACCUGAGGAUGGAGUGGUCACCAGAGAUGUUUGUGGUCACGGGGGUGGUUACUGCUGCUAUUCUCAGUCAUAUCCCAUUAGAGUCAAAGCCUGCACAGGUGGUUAUUAUGUCUAUGAGUUUGUUAGACCAACUACAUGCGAUAUGGCAUACUGUGCAGAUUUUAGCAUUGUCAACUCCAUCAAUACAACAACCACUUCAACAGACCCCUGCAACAACUACACUGUGCUGAACGAUUCCAGAAGAUCCACAAACUAUUAUUCAUCCUCCUUCAUGUGUGACAGAAAUGUCAGUUGGUUCGGCUGGUAUCGGCUUUACCUUAAUGGUCAGAGCACUCGAAUGCCAGAAACAUGUGUUGCAGUGAAUAGAUGUGGUACUGAUAUCCCACUGUGGUUAAAUGAGGGACACCCAAAGCCUGAGGAUGGAGUGGUCACCAGAGAUGUUUGUGGUCAUGCAAGCGGUUACUGCUGCAAUUAUCAGUCAAAUCCCAUUAGAGUCAAAGCCUGCACCGGUGGUUAUUAUGUCUAUGAGUUUGUUAGACCAACUUUAGGGGAUAGUGCAUACUGUGCAGAGGAGCUGUGUAUUAUUUUUAAUGCUUAUUCAAUACAGCUUUUUAUGAGGGUUGGGAAAAACAAUGCUGUAAAGUUUUUGAGAAAACAAUGUUUUUAUUUAACAGAUGAUCUCUCUACUGACCCCUGCAACAACUACACUGUGCUGGACAAUGCUUGGAGAGCCACAAACUAUUCCAGCAAUACUUCCUCCUCCAUGUGUGACAGAGAUGUCAUCUGGGCCGGCUGGUAUCGGCUUAAACUUAAUGACCAAAACGUUCGAAUGCCAGAAACAUGUGUUAUUAACUAUAGGUGUGGUACUGAUAUCCCACUGUGGCUAAAAGGUGGACACCCCAAACCUGAGGAUGGAGUGGUCACCAGACAUGUUUGUGGUCACUAUAACAAUUACUCCUGCUCUUUCCAGUCAUAUCCAAUUAAAGUCAAAGCCUGCAGAGGUGGUUAUUAUGUCUAUGAGUUUGUUAAACCAACUACAUGCGAUAUGGCAUACUGUGCAGAUGUUGACAGCAAUAAAACCUACAUAAGUGUCACGCCAGCGAUCACCACAUCUGAUGUAAAGAUUGAUAUUACUACUUAUGCAACUGUCACACCAGCGAUCACCACAUCUGGUAAUGUAAACUACUGUUUCCUCCAUUAA